UGCAUCAACAAUAUAAUCGUCAUUUGCUACAGUAAAUUCUUGAUCGCAUUUUUGUUACGGGAAAACUUAUUAAAAACAUUGAAAUUUAAGGGAAAUUGUUGAGAAAAAUAUGGAAUUCUAAAGCUUUUCAAUUGUAUUUUAUGUGAAUCGAAAUUGUCAAACGAUCCAGUCCAUCGUAUAGUGAAUCGUCAUUGUUUAUUAAAUUACAAAACAAUUCGCGUACCUUAAUCGCACUUGUAUCUGUGUCUGUGAAUUAAAUUUUGUCAAAUAAUUUUGCCGUUAUGUUAAGUGCUUUGCUGUGUGAGACCAAGAAUUAAAAGAAGUUCAAUGUAGUUGCACCAAUCUUCAGCAAAGGAAACAAGUCAAAAUUUAAUCGGUGUUUUUGUUGUGUUUGCGUAACUGGUAAUAAAAACAAAACCGUUCGCAAUGGCAUAUCAUAAACCACAAAACAUAGACGACUUUGUGCUGUUAAUGGCCAAAGCAGAUAUGCGAGUGAAGGCCCAAUUGGCCGAAGAUCUUGUUGCUUAUCUGAGUGAUAUGGAAAAUUCAAUUGUGUCAAAUGAUUUGGGAUUACUGGUGGAUAACUUGAUGCCAUGGUUGAUUGGAAGUCAUUUUAAGAUUGCACAGCGAGCCCUCGAAGCUUUCACAGAACUAAUUGGUAGACUUGGUCAAGACUUUAGCGCAUACACACCAACCGUUUUACCGCAAGUGGUCGAUCGGUUAGGUGACAGCCGUGAGACUGUACGAGAAAAAGCACAACUUCUGCUCUUCAAAUUGAUGGAAAGUCGUGUGCUGUUGCCACAACAACUGUUGGACAAAUUAAUUUAUUGCUUCAAACACAAAAAUUCCAAAAUACGAGAAGAAUUCCUCCAAACUAUCGUCAGCACGUUGAAUGAAUACGGCACACAAUCGCUGUCAGUGAAAGCCUAUAUUCAGCCAAUAGUUUCACUACUUGGAGAUCCAACGUCUACUGUUCGUGAUGCUGCAAUUCAAACUCUAGUAGAGAUUUACAAACAUGUUGGUGAUAAGCUUCGCAUAGACUUAAGGAAAAAGGAUAUUCAUCCAACAAAAAUGGCGGCAUUGGAACACAAAUUCGACGAAGUUCGUCAAGACGGCCUUUUACUACCAUCAGCCCUGAGAAGCGCCAUGGAACCGGAUGAAACAGACACACCUUCUGCGGCGAAGCCCAGAAUAAUGAAACGCACACCAGCAACACUCCCGUGCCCUAAAAAGUUGACUCUAGACAUUGCCACUCCCGGUGAUGCUGGUGCAGUGACAUGGGAAGUAUUUGAGGCUUCGUUUGAAGUGGUGCCGCAAUUAACGAUCUUUAGUCCGAAAGAUAUUGAAGACAAUCUGAAAGCCAUGAACGUUAUUAUCGGUAACAAGAAUAUGGACUGGGAGAAACGGGUCGACGCAUUGCGUAAAAUUCGGUCGUUGUUGAUUAUGGAUCAGGCUAUAUUCAGUACAUACUUCAAAGAUCUGUCGAUCGCUUUUCUGGACAUUUUGAAAGAGCUUCGGUCGCAAGUGAUUCGCGAGGCAUGCAUAACGAUAGCAUUUAUGAGCAAGACGCUCAAAUCAAAACUGGACGGUUUCUGCGUUUACAUUGUUCAAGAAUUGAUAAAUCUGGUACCCAAUUCGGUGAAGGUCAUCGCAUCCGCUGGUUCCAUUGCGCUGAAAUUCGUCAUCAAAUACACUCACGCACCGAAACUCAUACCGAUUAUCACACAGAAUCUCAUCCAAUCAAAGUCAAAAGAUAUUCGCUCAAAUUUGUGUGAAAUUCUCGGUUUAUUGUUCGACGAUUGGGCGCCGCGUUCGAUGGAGAAAUAUUUGCCAAAUUUGAAGGAAAGUCUUAUCAAAGGGAUUGCCGAUGCGGAUUCCGAUGCCAGGAAAUACAGCAGAAGAAAUUUCUGGAGUUUCAAACGUCAUUUUCCGGAUGCUGGCGACCAAAUCUAUUCGAACUUGGAUCCGUCCGUGCAACGGGCAUUGGACCGUGAACGGGACACCGCAACAAACGGUACAGGUGGUUCAAUGAGUGCUAGUCUACGUGGCAGUAAUUCAAGUCUUAACUCAAUGCCUGGUAGUGUUAUAAAACGUCGUUUGUCAUCUGGUUUACGGAGUCCAGCUACUGCCAAUCCAUCAGCGUCGACAAGUACGGAAAAUUUAUUAAUGACUGGAAAAUUGCAACGGGCACCGUCAUUGCCUCGAACAUAUAAUCGGAAUCGGAGUGGAAUUCCCGUUGCUAAUCGAGAACCGCCAGUUCGAGCUGGUUUUCGCAGUAUAUCCGCAGUCGACACAGCAGCUGUUCAACGAGCGAGAGCACGAGCGCAGUACUCGAAUAUGGCUAGGAUGAAGGUUACAGCCGGUACAGCUUCGUUACAGGGACAAAUGGCCCAACAAGCUCGAGCGAAGAAACUUGUAAACAAUGUUGCAACGCCGCAACAAGCUUCGCCAGAACACCGAUCUGUUUCCCGGCGCACUUCUGGUGUGUCACAGUCACAACCUGCAUCGCGAAGCACAUCACCGUCGUCUCGGUCACAGUACAGCACCUAUUCUGGCUAUCGACAAACUGGUACUAUUCCCAAGAAAUCUUCUGGCAUUCCACGAUCCGUAUCAAACUCACGCGAAACGAGUCCAACUCGGACGCCAAUGGGUUCCAUUAAACGUUUGCCGUAUCAGACAAGUAGUCCUCGUAGAGAUCGUCCACCGAUCAAUCCAACUCGACCGGUUCUGGCGCAGAAAAUUCUUCAAGCUAGUCGUGAGGCAGAAAAUGCACUGGCCGAUGCUCUGUCACCCGAUGAUUUUGAUCCGUCGUCGGAAAUGGGCCGCCUGAAUUUGAAUCGAAAAGUAUCUCGCGAUGAAUCGGAUGAAAGUGAAGCGUCGUCAGUGUGUUCGGAAAGGAGUUUUGAUUCGUACAGACGGAAUGAUUCUGGGUCGUGGAAUGGAUCAAGAAAUAAGCUGGACAGUCAAAGGUUGAUCGAAGACAUCGACACGAUAAUUGUGUAUUGCUCAUCCACGCAUUGGGGUGAACGAAAAGAUGGACUCACCAGCUUGACUACUUAUUUGUCGGACGGAAACAUAUUGACACCGGACCAGUUGCAGACCGUUUUGGAUUUGUUUCGGAAAAUGUUCAUGGACAGUCACACCAAGGUCUACGCCCUAUUUCUGGACAGCGUCAAUGAACUGAUUCUGUCUCACUCGAAUGACCUACACGAUUGGCUGUUCAUUUUACUCACACGGCUAUUCAAUAAGUUGGGCACAGAGCUGUUGGGCUCGAUGCAUGGCAAAAUUUGGAAGACGCUGCAACUGGUGCACGAAUAUUUUCCGCCGGAUUUGCAAAUGCACGCUUCAUUCAGAAUAAUCUGCGAUGCGGCCCAGACUCCAUCAACGAAAACGAAGAUUGCACAGCUAAAGUUUCUGACGGAUUUGGCGACCACCUAUUGCACAGCCACCGAAUUUCCCACUCAAUCACCAGCUGACAAAGCAAUAACGAAAAUCGUACAAAUGGCCGUUGAUCAGAAAAGUUUGGAAUUGCGGAACCAGGCACGAUCCUGCAUCAUUUCAUUGUAUAAUUGCAGCACACCGAAUAUGACCGCGUUCCUGUCUGGUAUGCCGAAAAACUUCCAGGAUACAGCCAAAACGAUCAUCCAACAGCAUUUACGUCGAAGCACGUCGGGUAAUAAUAGUCCAUCAUCACCAUUAACGUCGCAAAGUCCAAAACUAUUGCUUAGUCCGAAUCAAGGACCCUUAAGUCUACAAAAUUAUUCUAGUCAAAGAUCUCGUCAAUCUUCCGUUGAAAGUCAACCGAUGAACACCGAGGAGGUGUACCGAAAUUUGCGUAAGACAACGGCUGAAAUUCAGAACUAUAGUUUCGAGACGAAAUUGGAUCGGGACUCGAACAGUAAAGAUUCGGGCAUUAGUCAAAUGUGUGAUCAGCAAGCCGAUCAUCUGUCAUUGGUAACGGGACUGAAUGGUCACAUGUUGAUGAAAAAGGAUGACUCGUGUAACGGCUCAAAGUCACAAUCGGCAACCACAACGGAAUCGAAUACGCCGGAGAAUACAGUUCGCUUAGAUACCAUUGAUGCUAAUCAUAAGACCCUAACUAGUCAGAAGUAUGUGGCCAAUUUUGUGGUUUCGCAAACCGGUGAAUUAAUAUUUGAUGGUGAUCUGGAAGAGAGUGAAAUUGUCAAAACGGCAACUAUGCUAUCGUUGGACUCGCCUACAGACGCGACACUGCAAGUAUUAAAUAACCUGGGUGAUUGUAUUAGGCACGGUAACUGUGAAUUGCCGAUCAAACACUUUAAAGCAAUAAUGAAGGCGUUACUCAUAUUGGUCGAUUCGCCGCAACAUGAAAUUGUGAUCGCCGUUAUCAAGGUGUUGGCCAAAAUCAUGCGUAGCGAACCGAUGAAGCUCACGUGGCUGAACUUUUUAGAAUUGUUGUUGUUAAAAAUCAUCGACUGUUACAAAAUGAGCAAAGAAACUUCCAGAGAAAUUGACUUCAUUCUGCCGCGCAUAGCGAACCAUCUCCCAUUCGAACCCACAUUCAACAUUCUGUAUUCCAUCAUCGGCACCGGUGAAUAUCCGACCAAUCUCUGUGCAAUCAAAUUGUUAACCGAAUUGGUUGAUGCGAAGGGAACUGGAAUUACCGAUAAGCAAUUGGAUUCAAUUAUGUCGGUCCUUGCAUUGCGGACGGAUGAGAAUCAAUCAAUGGUGAGGAAGGCAGCCGUAUUCUGUAUCGUUCGGCUGUAUGUUCGGCUUGGAGAAGAACGUGUUAGACCAAAAUUUUCGCUUUUGAAUUCGAGCAAAAUCAGACUGCUCGACGUUUACAUUGCGAAGUACCAACAACAAUCGCUGAAACAGUCGUCAUGAUCAAAAUCAAAUGCCAAGUGAUUACUGGCUAAGGGGAGGAAAUUUGCCAAUAAAUUGAGGAAAAUAAGCAAAACCAUUGGCGUUAUUCCAGAAUAAAUUCAAAGAAAAAAAAAAAACAAAAAAAAAUCCAAAAAAAAUGAACAACAAAAGUUACUAGAUCUAAGAAUUAAUUGCUAAAAAGUUUAGUUCUCUUGUUCCCCGUCUAAUUUCGAUGAUUUUCUUUCUUCUUCCUUCCUUCAUUUGCGUUUUAAAAUUUGAAAUUUCGAUAAAUUAGAAGAUUUUGAUUGUUUUUUAACAUCACAAAACGGUGAACCGAUCCAAGCAAUUUUCAUUCAUUCAAUUCACGCAUCAACUUAUCUAUGGAUCGCAUCACUGUGAUACUAUGGGACGGUAAUUUUUCUUUUUUCGUUUUUAAUUAAUUUUCUUUCAAUUUUUUUUUUUAUUAUUUGUAUGUCAAAUGUGAGAUCGUCAGCGGAUGUCUCAAUGUUUAGGAGUGAAAAAUUUUAUAAUUUCAAUUUAUCAAAAUGUAAUUUACUGGUUCCAGCGAUUUAAUAAAGCAUCACUUCGUUGAACACAAAUUCUAUUGCCCUGUCGUCUUUUGUCUGCCCUGGACCAAGUCCGAGCUUCGCAUUAAUCACAUUUGUCAUCGAUAACGACGCAGGGAAUAAGUGAUAAGAUCCGCCUAGUGUUGUAUUAUAUGGCGAAAUAUGUGUUAAACAACUGAAAGAUUGUGCAUCAAGCGCAACGCGAUACUUUGAACAAAGGAAGUAGCAGAUUUAAUUUGGUUACGAUAAGGUUGCCGCUCCUAAAAUGUUAAAAAAGUAAGGAAAAUCCUUUUCCGAUUUUAUUUUCACUCGAGUUAUAAAUUGACGGAGAACAGAUGCGGCUCUUCGCAAGUUUUUCAUGCAGAAGUGGUGUGCAUUGUGAGUUUUACGUGUUCAACUGUAGUGACAAAUCGUGACGAUUCACACCGUAAGUGCGCCUUCUAUUUUAGAACAUACCGCAAAGCAAGUCAUUUUAACGCUCAGCGUUAUUUCGAGCAACUGUCAGUUGAAAAUAUUUAAAUUUUUGGCGCACUUAUGGCGUCAAUUCGUUUAAUUUAACUUGCCAGUGAUUACACAAGUGAUUUGUUACGCCUACGCGUACACUAUUCCUUUUAUGAAAUUCUCAUAGUGAUGGUGGUACUUCCAAGUGAAUCCAUCAACGGAAACGAUGCAAACAUUCCGUUUGCACUUAACACGUCGCUCGAAUUCUAAAAAAGUUUUUCAUUUACAUUAUCGUCCAUUGAUAGACUAUCCUUUUUCGACAAGAGAGCCGCGUUAAUUUCAAUUGCUUAUCUAUCCCAGUCCAUGCCACUCUUUUAAGAUUUGCAUUUUGAGUUAAUUGACCGUGGUGUUUCUACCAGACCAGACAGUGGUAGCAAUUUUCACAUGAUGUGCAUUAAACAUCGAUCCAUUAGUUCAUAAUGAUUUUGCUUUAAUUUUGUGUUAUUCUGCGAUCAUUCACACCGCCAAACAAAGCGAAUAGAAAAUUAUUUUUUAACAUUUUUGAUACCGAGUUGGUGUAGACAAAAUUAUUAGAGUGAAAAAAAGAAGAUUUAAAUAAACAAACAAAAAAUUCAAGAUUCAAGAAAGAGAGAACAAUAUUCACAGCCGAAGCUAUCUAAUAGUUUCGAGGAGCAAAAGAAGAAAAUUUAAGUUUAAUGAAAUUAAAUGAAAAUUAUUUAUGGAAAAGCUAACAAAAA